AUGAUUGAUCACACACAUAUCACAAUGUCACCUUCACACAGUCUACAACGUACGAAAAUACUGGAUCGAGCGAGGAUGAACCGACGACAGAAUAACCCCUGCACUCGGGCGAGCGGGAAUGGGACGACGAUAGGGAGCGUUCAGGACUUUACCCUGUUUUGCAACACCAACCUCGACGGGGAUGUUGUGGAGAGGUUGGACGCGUUCGACUUGACGGCGUGCAUGGAUCUCUGCUCCUCUUUCCACCCUCGCUGCGAUGGGGCGUCGUACGACGGGACAAGAUGCUUCUUAAAGACCCGCCUCGCACCGGUCGACCCGAGGCAGUUCGUGCGUGGUGUCGACUCCGGAAUCGCCUCCUUCCCCGAAGCCUCGUCCAACUGCCCUGCAUUACCCGGCACCCAGGUGGCACUGGGGACAAACUUCCAGGUCAUGUGCGGGUUCAUUAUUGCUGGGAGUGACAUGAGCCAGAACUUCGCACCGACAUUCCAGGAUUGCUUGGGACAGUGUGCUGCUACAUCAGGGUGCGCAGCCGUGAGCUACGAUCCGACCUUGAACCUUGGGUUCAAGAACUGCUAUCUCAAGACCGGCGUCGCCGACCCGGGAGAUUUAGCCGCGGACCGGAGGACGGAUUCGGCGCGUGUGUUGGCGGCGGCUGACCCGAAUCAGCCCCCGCCCGGGCCGGGGGUGUCGACUAUUCCGGUGCCACCGGGGGGAGCGGCGAACGGCAAUGGGGUGGUCUUCUUCACUCCUCCCGCGAACCCAUCCAUAACCCCAUCCUCUAUUGAGCUCCCACCCGCCGCCACCACAACGGCUUUACCAGACGAAGCCACUACUGCGGUCCCUGAUAUCAGCUCAACCACUGAAACCCUCGCUCCGCCGCCGGCCUUCCCAUUCCCUACCCCCUCCGCCUCGCCAGAUCAGUUCCCCGACACCUUCUCCGGCGGCGCCAACGACCCCUCCAUAGACCCCCCCUCAAGCAACGCCUGGAUCGCCGCGCCCGUCGUCGGGUCAGUAGCUGCCAUAGCACUGAUAGUGAUAUCCUUUAUCAUGCUCAAACGCCGAAGGCAAUCAUCCCCUUCUUCGUCCCCGACCGAGCCGAGAAGGGACAUUUCUAGACCGUCACCAAUAUCAGGGUUGUUUACCGCUUGGUUGCCCAGUCGGUGGUCUUCCAGUCCAGUGCCGAGGGUUCCGCCUUUGCCGGUGGGGAUAGGGAAUAGUAAUGUGAGUAGGAGUUCUACUGUGGGUAGUAGCGGGAGGAGGAUGGGGAAUUUUAGUGAAGUAAAUACUGGGGAAAGGAGGAAUAGUGUGAGGAAUAGUGUUUUGAGUAUGGUGGGGGACAGGGAUAGGAGGGGGAUGGAGAGGCUGGGGGAUAUUGAGGAGGGGGAGAUGGGGAGAGGGGAAAAGGAAGGGGAAAGGGGAGGGGUGAAGGUUUAUGAGGUUAGGAAUGGGAGGGCGGAGCUGAGGGAGUUGAGGAGUAGUUUGAAUGGGUUGGGGCAGAAUCGGUGGUCGUGA